AUGGAUAAGUUUGUUAAAAGGGCCGCUAAAGUCGGGGAUUUUACGGCGCCAAUAGUGAAGGGGAAGGCAAGUACCAAAUGCCAACCUAAAAGAAAAUAUGUUGAGUCCUACCUUGGCUUAGGAUUCACGGUAGCUGAGGUAGGUGAUGAGGAGCGACCUUUAUGUGUAUUACGCCUGCGGCAACUGGCAGCCGACAGUAUGCAGCCUAACAAAUUGCGCAGACACUUGGAGACUGCACACCCCACUCACACUGAUAAACCCAUAGCUUUUUUCGAACGAAAACUUGCGGAAUACCGACAGCAGGAAAAGGGAAUGGUGAAAACUGCGUCAGUUAAUAGCAGGGCACAGAUGGCUUCAUACAAAGUGGCAUACCAUAUUGCCCAGUGCAAAAAGCCACAUACAAUAGCUGAGCAACUCAUUCUCCCUGCUGCUAUUGAUAUGGUAUCAGUUAUGAUUGAUGAGAAAAGCGCUUCCAAAUUAAAAUCAAUCCCCCUGUCAAAUGACACUGUUGCAAGACGAAUUUCCGACAUUUCUAAUGACAUCGAAUCCCAACUCAUUGAACAACUGCAAGAAAGUCGCUUUGCUUUACAAGUGGACGAAGCAACAGACAGCAGUAAAACGUGCAUCUUCAUUGCUUAUGUCCGUUUCGUAAAUGAGCUGUCACUAAAUGAGGAUUUGCUCUUUUGCAAACCUGUACCAUCAAGAGCCACGGCAGAGGAGCUGUUCAAGAUUAUGGACAACUACUUCAAAGAACAAGGGCUGAGGUGUGAAAAUUGCUUGGGGUUCUGUUCUGAUGGAGUGCAGACAAUGGCAGGAAAAAGGAAGGGACUCCAGGCAUUGAUCAAAAGGGCCGCGCCAGAUGCACAGUGGACGCACUGCAUUCUACACAGGGAAGCGCUGGCCUCCAGACACCUCAGCCCUGAAUUAAACGAGGUGUUGACAGCAGUUGUGGAUGUGGUCAAUUUUAUCAAAACAAGACCCCUGAAAGCGCAACUCUUCUCCGCUCUUUGUGAGGAGAUGGGAGCAGACCAUACCACUGUGCUGUUUCACAGCGAAGUGAGGUGGCUCUCCCGAGGCAAAGUCUUGUUGCAUGUCUUUGAGCUUCGAACGGAGAUCCGGGUGUUUAUAGAAGAAGAGCGCAUGUAUGAGGCAGCGGCCAAAUUUGGCGAUGAACUGUUUCUGAUGAAACUGGCUUACCUCAGCGAUGUAUUUGCAAAGCUGAAUGAAUUAAAUUUUCAGCUUCAGGGAAAAGACAAGCACCUACCUCACCUGGCUGACAAGAUCACUGCUUUCAUCCGAAAGCUGGAGGUAUGGGGGAAGCGAGUCGAUCAAGGACAUACCGAAGUCUUUGAAAAUCUCACUGAAGUCGCAGAGCGCAUCGAUUCUGAUGCUACUGCACACCAGCUGAUUUUAGCUCUGCUGAAGAGGAACAACUGA